AUGACUUCUCCAUUGCCAUCCGAACCACCGUCCCUGGUGAACCCUGCUGUCCCUUUUGGUAGGGCAAUGCGGGAAGCAUACUUCGGCUUUUCUCCCGAUUAUACGCCAAUCAAUCAUGGGUCCUACGGCACGUAUCCCAUACCCGUACGCGAUGCACUUACAACUCUUCGUGCCGAGGUUGAAAAAGCGCCGGACCGGUUCAUCGUACUAGAAUGGCCAACGCGUCUUCAAGAGUCGCGAGCAGCAAUAGCAAAGAUGCUGAACUGCGAGACAGACGACCUUGUGUUCGUGCCGAACGCUACCACUGGCUCGGACACUGUCUUCAAGAACCUGAAAUGGGAACCAGGCGACGUGAUCCUCGUUUAUGAGUUCGUGUAUGAUGCGAUGCGUGCCGGCCUGGCUUGGCUGGAAGAAACCUGGGACGUCCGCGUCGAAGUCGUUCCUCUGAAAAUACCCCUGACAGACGCUGAGAUCGUGGAUGCUGUCGUAGGGGCCGCCAAGAGAGUCAAUCGGAACGAGAACCUUGAAAGCGGGAAAGUUAGGGAGCGCGUCCGGAUGGCUAUUGUCGACACGAUAGCAAGCCUGCCGGGGGUUCGCAUACCCUUUGAGGAUCUCGUUCCGGCUCUGCAGGCCGAGGGCGCACUGGUUCUUGUUGAUGGCGCUCAUGGCAUCGGACACGUCGACAUAGACCUUGCGAGUCUGAACCCGGACUUUCUCGUUACAAGUCUGAAUAAGUGGCUUUUCGUCCCGCGGGGUGUCUCUGCGCUGUAUGUGCCAAAACGUAACCAGGCACUGAUUCGCACCAGUCUUCCUACAAGCCAUCGUUUUCGAAGACAUGCUGGCGAGCCCGGAGAGCCCACCAAUGCGUUUGUUGACCUAUUUGAUUUCGUGGCUACUCUUGACAUGACAAAUUUCCUGAUGGUCAAAGAGGCUCUGGCCUUCCGUACCCAAGUUUGUGGCGGCGAGGCAGCGCUCAGACAAUACUGCCAAUCCAUAGUGCGAAAAGGGGCUGAAGCAGCACUCUCGAUAUUCGGAACGGAAAUCAUGGACAGCCCAGACUCGCGCAUACGCGAAUGCAACUUCGCCAAUGUACGGCUUCCCCUCGAUAUGGCAGCCGAAGGCGAGGAAAUAAACGGAGAGAACGGGAAGAUACCUCUCUCACAUGCCGCGAGGGUCAUCCAGUGGUUCCGGGAAACCGGGGUCCGCGAAAGCGGGUGCUACACCCAGCUGUACGUGUAUUACGGCGCGAUGUGGUGGCGCAUGAGUGGAAUGAUAUAUGUUGAUGAGGAGGAUUUCAGGAAAGCCGCGGGGAUGCUCAAGAGGCUUUGCGAGAGAGCCGCACGAGGAGAGUAUCUUGAGGCGUAA